GGGAAACGUGUGAAAGGUCUAUUUCGCGCAGCAGUGCAACGAUUACCUUCCAGCAGCGCUGGAGAAGAAACACAAGAAAUCCAUUCGCGGCGAGUGGCUAAUUGUCUUCCGCCUUCCCGUCUCCUUGCGCACCGCGCUCUCUAGUGCAGUUUCAAGCGAGGUCUCUCGCGCAAUCACGGUGCACUGGGAAGCGAAUUUUAUCGAACUUGCGCAGGGACAUUGGUGGUUUUUGCGUUAUACAAUCUUGACUUGGCGCGAUCUCCUUCCAAACGUUGCAGUCCGGUUUGCUGUUGCUGCUGCCACCACAAAACAGGCAAAGUGUUCGACUGCAUCGUUGGCAUUUCAUGUGCCAAUCCCUCCGUCGCGUUAAGGAAGAAACCUUAUACGAAAGUGGUGCAAUACUUUUACUUUCAGUAAAUCCAUUAGUGAUUCGAGGGAAGACGGUGAAUUCUAUCGAGCGGGGAAUUAAUUCCGGUAGUUGUGGCGUGUUCGAAAGCGUUAUCAGAUGUGUUGAUCGGGUUCGCUAUCAGUUUGGAACAAGUCUUCGUGAAAAAUGGAUUUUUUGGCAACGAAUCGUAGAAGUUGGUCGGUGCUGGCUGCUUUGCUGGUGCUGUUAAUCAACGGCCAUGGAGGAAACGCUGCAAGCGUAGUGACCGACCACGAUCGCGUUGUGGUAUGCUACAUAUCGACAUGGGCCGUCUACCGGAAGGGCUUGGCGUCCUACAGUUUGGAUCACUUUGACCCGAAGCUCUGCACGCACGCCAUCUACGCGUUUGCCGGUCUGGACGUGGAGCAAAAUGCCAUGAAAUCGCUCGAUCCAUGGCAAGACUUGAAAGAUAAUUAUGGCAAGGGUGGCUAUGAGAAAUUGGUCGGCAUGCGCAGCGCCAAUCCCCAUCUGAAGGUGCUGAUUGCCAUCGGUGGCUGGAACGAGGGCUCGGAGAGGUACUCCAAUAUGGCGGCCAAUCCGGAACGACGUCAGGCAUUCGUCAAGAAUGCGCUCGAAUUCGUAAAACGCUACGGAUUUGACGGACUCGACCUGGACUGGGAAUACCCCACGCAGCGCGGUGGCAAACCUUACGAUCGAGAGAAUUUCGUAUCACUGGUCAAGGAACUGAGUCAACUGUUCAAGAGGAACAAUCUGCUGUUGACGUCGGCCAUCGGGGCCGGAAAGGACACGAUAGAUGCCGCCUACGACAUUAAAAACCUAUCUAAGUACCUGGACCUCCUACAUAUCAUGUGCUACGACUACAACGGAAGCUGGAAUCGAAAAAUCGGCCCCAACGCACCUUUGCAGAGCCGCGACGUUUUAAACGUGGAGUUCACGAUUGAGCAUUUAUUGGCCUUGGGAGCACCUUCCAAUAAGAUCGUAAUGGGCCUUCCAUUCUACGGGCGAACCUUUGUAACUGAAUCGCAACGCGCCAGAAUUGGUGAUGAGUCGGAUGACAAGGGCUUUGCAGGACCAUCCACCAACGAAAAUGGUUUCAUGGGGUACAACGAAAUCUGCGAAGCUCUGAAGGCCAACCCUGAUGGUUGGACUGUGUCAUGGGACGCAGAAGCUUCUGAAGCGAUUGCAACCAUGCCAGACGGCGAUAAGACGAAGGUGGUGAUUUACGACAACACGCGCUCCAUGGCCAACAAGGUGCGCUAUGCCGUAAGACAGAAUCUGGGCGGAUUGAUGAUCUGGUCGGUUGAUACGGACGAUUUUAAUGGAGUGUGCGAUCCGGAGAAGAAAACAUUCGCCGACUUUGGAGAUCAGGAUAAAAUCAAACUGAAUAUCCCGCCUCCAGUUCAGGAGAAAUACAAACUGCUAAGAACGGUCAACGAUGCGAUCGUGGUGGCCAUCGAUGAGCUGAACCAGGAGAACGAGAUAUCCAAUGUGCCGGACGAUGCGGACGAGUCGAAUCAGAACGCACCGCAAAGUGGGGGGUGCAGUGCGGAAGUAUUCAGUUUUGGAGUAUGUUUGCUUAGUUCUAUGGUGGCCUUACUUCUAAGGAGGUCUUAGUAGGAACGAAAAGUUAUCAUCAAGAUGGCAGGAGAUGUAAAUUUGUGUAAUAUUUAAGUUGGAAACUUGUAAAUAAAACCGAUUAAAACAUU